AUACUUGUAGAUCAUGGUAACUUAAAGGAAUUCCAUGUGCACAUACAAUUACAACAAUGCAUUAUAAGAACUAUGAGGUUGAGCCAUAUGUUGACCAUUGGUAUAGGAAGGAUACCUACCUUAAGGCAUACAACAGAUUCAUUCAACCUUUAACUAAUAUGAAUUUGUGGCCAAAAAGCACACUGCUAGCUAUUGAACCACCUGUUAUAACCGCAAUGCUAGGAAGGCCAAAGAAAAAAAAAGAAUAAAAGUUGUUGAUAAACCAAAGAAGAAGUUUGGGAAGGAUACAAGGAUAAGGAGACAAAUGAGAUGUUCUUUGUGCGAGACUCUUGGACAUAACAAGAAAGGAUGUCCAUCAGCAAGAAACCAAGGGGGAAGGGCUGGAACUAGUUCAGUUGGAGGUGAAACUGCUGAAAAUGCUUCAUCAACAACAUCAGGUGGAAGGGCUGGAACUAGUGGAAAUGCAUCAGCAGCAACAACUGAAAAUGCAUCAGUAGCAGCAACUGGAUCAGCAACAGCAACUUCAAAUAUGGAAAGUGGCACCUUCACUCAACCAAUCACUGAUCCAAGCACACAACAAUCAACUAAUAUUGCUGGAGGUCCAAAAAGGAAGACCAAUGAGCCUAGAAGAUGUGGUGCAAAUGCAGGGUCUAAGAGACCAAAGGCAACAAGAUAUGUCUGGAACUACUGACAGAGUAGUACAUAAUUCUUCUACACUCAUAAGUUCUGCCCCUACCAACAUUGAACUUAGGUUCAAACCCCAUGGGCUAAAGUGGAAGGGUCGAGUUGCUGUUAAACAAAGGCAGCUGCAAGAACAAAGUUACAGAAGGGCAAACUCUGCUACAACCACUCAAGCCACACCAAUGACACAAUCCACACCAAGAAACCAAGCCACAACAGACAUUAAUUGAAGUGCUCAGCUGAUAUUUUGAAGACUAAAUCAUAGAUGUUUUUGUUGACUGCCUGUGGUAGACAAUAUUUUGUAAAGCUACUUCAUUAUGUAUGUUUUUGUUGACUGCUUAUCGUAGACAAUAUUUUGUAAAGCAACUUCCUUAUUUUGGAUGUUUUA